GUUACGAGGAAUUUUUUCUCCUCACACAUGAGCAAAAAAACCAACAAAAACAAAGGGUAUUUUGGGGCACUCUGUUUUUCAUGUUUUCUCGGAAUCAUUUUUCCCACCCUCUCCCUCUCCCGUAAUCUGCUCUCAGAUUCCUUCCCCCUCCCCCCAACCUUCGCAUUUCCUUCACUCAAUUGUGUUUCUCCAAAACUGUUUCCUCGAAACACUUUCCUGUUCUCUGGGUAGUAAUUCCUCUGUCUGCUCACAAUCACCAGGUUUGUAGAUGGACUGGAUGCUUGAAUAGCAAAGCACAAGCAAGGCGAUGAAAGUACAAUCAUCUGGGCUGAUAAUUGGGAUCUCCAUAGGGGUGGUAAUUGGAGUUCUUUUGGCUGUGUUUGCACUGUUCUGCCUUAGGUACCAUAGGAGACACUUGCAGAUAGGGAUUAGUACUUCUCGGAGGGCAGGAACUAUCUCAAUCCGCUCUAAGGGCGGUGAUCCUUGUACAGAAUUAUCGGACUCCUCUGUUUGCACAGAAUCAUCUAAAACAUCUAAACAGAAUGGCAUGCCUUUGUGGCUUGGAUUUGGAGGACCUAGAAAGUCUAAUGUGGUUUCUGCUUCUGGAAUACUCGAGUAUUCCUACAGGGAUCUCCAAAAAGCAACCUGUAAUUUUACUACCUUGAUAGGUCAAGGGGCAUUUGGUCCUGUUUAUAGAGCUCAGAUGUCAACUGGUGAGACAGUUGCUGUUAAAGUGCUUGCAACUGAUUCAAGACAAGGGGAAAAAGAGUUCCAAUCAGAGGUCAUGUUAUUGGGAAGGUUGCAUCACAGAAACCUAGUGAAUCUGGUUGGAUAUUGUGCAGAAAAGGGCCAGCAUAUGCUUAUCUACGUUUACAUGAGUAACGGCAGUCUUGCUUCCCAUUUGUAUGGGGAAAAUCAUGAACCCUUGAGUUGGGGUUUAAGGGUUCAAAUAGCUUUAGACGUAGCAAGGGGCUUGGAAUAUCUUCAUGAUGGGGCUAUUCCUCCUGUGAUACACCGCGACAUAAAAUCUUCCAACAUUCUGUUGGAUACUUCCAUGAGAGCCAGGGUAGCUGAUUUUGGGCUUUCUAGGGAAGAGAUGGUCGACAAACAUGCAUCCAACGUACGGGGGACUUUCGGGUAUCUUGAUCCAGAAUAUAUUUCGACGCGGACUUUCACUAAGAAAAGUGAUGUUUACAGCUUUGGAGUGUUCCUCUUUGAACUCAUUGCAGGCAGAAAUCCUCAACAGGGUCUAAUGGAGUACGUUGAACUUGCAGCAAUGAAUACAGAGGGGAAAAAAGUCGUGUGCGAGGAGAUUGUGGACUCCCAUCUGGAGGGGAAAUUCGACGAGCAAGAACUCAACGACGUGGCAGGUCUUGCAUACAAGUGUGUGAAACGCGCACCAAGAAAACGGCCUUCCAUGAGGGACAUUGUGCCAGUGUUGUCACGUAUCGUAAAAUCAAAGCACAAUAGAAAGCAUCACCGGCAUUCCUUGUCAGCGACUCCAGAUGAGGUUACCGCCAAUGGGGACGUACCAGAUCGCCGGAGUCCACUGUCUGAACACCUGCGGGUGGAGUCUAUGGAUAGUGCAGUUGAUACAUAUGAAGUUUGAAUGGUGAUGCUUUAUUUUCUCGUUUGUGCAUAUGUUUUCCUUUGGUUGCUUUUGGUUUUUCUUUGUAAAACAUUUUCUGCUCAUCGCAAUUAGAAGCAAAGCAGCCUUGGUGUCUGCUUCCAUA